CUGCAAAUCCAAUUUUAUAGCAGUCUAAUUUCAAACCCCACUCUCUUGAAGCUGCUUCACCAUGGGUCUCCAAAAUAUUAUAUUGCCGUCGUUUUUACUCUGUGUAACACUCUUCAUUUUCGUCAACUGCCAUAAUCCUGCUUACCAAACAGGUCGACAAGAACAAUGUCCAAUUUUAAAGCAAGAAAUCGAUUAUACUCAUAAGGGUCGAGUGUACCAACUGGGAAACUUAUCAAUUUACGAAACCCCGGAUAUGACACCCCGACGACUGCUAAUUGCAGUUUAUGACAUUUUUGGAGAUACAGCAAACACUCGAUUGUUUGCCGACUUGAUGGCUGAAACUUACGGUUUUCGAAUUGUAGUGCCAGACUUUUAUCGAGGCGAACCAUGGGACCACACCCUCUGGCCUCCAAUCCCUGAAGAUUAUGCAGCUUGGCAAGAAAGGGUGGCAAAUUGGGACACAAUUGUCCAGUAUGAUGUUCAAAACAUUCUAGGAUUUUAUAAUUCAACCUUUGGUAUUGACCAAGUUGGGAUAUUUGGAUUUUGUUGGGGAGGUAAAAUUUCGACACUUGCGGCAAGUCAAUUGCCAAUAAAAGCGGCAGGUUUGGUUCAUCCGUCGUCGGUAACUAACGAAAUGGCUCAAGACGUUCAAGCUCCCAUGUACUUGUUCCCAUGUUUGGACGAUCCUGACAUGACUCCGUUCUAUGAUGUACUGAAGAUGAAAUUUGGAGAUAAUUCUGGGCAUCGGCGGUACACGGACAUGUGUCACGGAUUUGCCACCUCAAUGGGAAAUUUUAGUAACCCCUUAGUUUUCCAACGUGUUGAACAAACAAUUGAUAUAUUGGGAAAUUUCUUUGUAAGAAACCUUCAAAACCAAUGAGGCAUGCACCGGAAUCUACUAUUUAGGUUAUUCCAAACAGCUUUAACAAAUUAUAUAUGAACAAUUAAAAUUAUAAUUUUUACGAAAUAAAUAAAUCCAUGUAAUAUUUAAUUAAAAAUAAAAUGGAAAUUUUUUGUAUUUUCAAUAAAGUGA